UUUAUGAAUAAAUUUUGAGUAGUAUUGCUUUUAUCCUAUUCCAAAAGGUGACCAGGAAGGGGAAGAUUAUUGAUGAGAAGACAUACAGACUCAACAUGGCCAAAAAAGAACACAGAAAACAUGUCCGUGAUCUUUUAGCAACUGCUAUUGUUCACAAGACCUUAGAUAUGGAGAGGAUGCGACAGUAUGAGAUAAGAAAAAAACUUGAUGAAGUUUACAAAGUGGAAUUGGUCAGAAGGGUCAAGGAACAGAGAAAUAGAAAAGGCGAUGAAGACAUUCUUCCCCUCCUCUCUCCCAGAGAGAGAACAGCUCAACAAAUGCGUAAAGCGCAGCACAGAGAAAGACCAGCUACAGCACCAGCAGCUUUUGCUGAACAGGAGGAGGAGGAAACACAUUUGAAACCCUCAGAGAUUUACUAUGAUGAUGAAACGCAGAAGAUUUAUUACAGGGUUGAUUCAAGUCCACCGCAUAUGAAUGGUUAUCUUAAAGAUGAAACAGAGGAACUAGGUCCAUCUCCAUACACCAGGGCCUACCCUGCUACCUACCCUGCCCCGGCCCCUCCCCCAUCAGGCACUCCUCGACGCACCAGGACCCUGAGUACACCAAGAAAAGGUGUCAGACUUCAAAGGUUUCAUUAUUUGGCCAGAACAGAACCUGCUGUUGCCCGCAGACUACAGCUUCAGUCUAUGGCAGAAGUGACAAUGAAGUUUCUUGGUCCAAGCCUUGUACUCACUAACAGCAUGUUUCCAGAAGACAGGUUAUCAGAAGUUAUGGUUCUUCAGCAGCACUGUGGAGGGAGCACUCUGUGUGUCUUCAGAGAACUACUGCCACCAAAUACAAUCUUUACUUUUAUUUCACGGCGACACAGAGGAGCUCCUUUUGGCUUGACAUUUUACAUUGAUGGUAUGCAAGACAUUCGACUUAGUUCCUGCUGUGAAUACAAACACAAGCCUGGCCAUAUCUUGGGUGGAAAAAAUGGUCAUUUCCAGUUUGUUGUUGUUGAGGGAGCUGCUCCAUGUUACAGAUGCCAGAUUGCAUCCGCUCACAAACAUUCCAAGUAUAAACAUAAAAAUACUGAAGGUUGUGGAGAUGGUGGAGAUGAUGACAGAGCAAAAACCUUUAUGACUGAGACUGCCAAUGAACAGGAGGAGGUGGAACAAGGAGAAACUUUUGAUGUAAUAAUAACCAAAAUAAAGUCUGCUGGUGGUGAAGAUGGAGAUGAAGAAAUAGACGCAGGGGAAAUGGUGGACCAUAGUACCCAGACUCCUCGUGACGAAAGAACAGAUAAACAGGAAGAACUGGGCGUUGAUGGUGAAAAGACCGCUGGAUCUGCUGACAGUAUACCCGACGAGAGCAAACAGGAUGACGACAGUGGCGAAGCUGAAGAGUCAGGAGCUGACAAAUACGAUGACGAAGAAUUCGAAGAAGGCCCCGAGAAUGACAAGGAGAAUGACAAGGAGAAUGACAAGGAGAAUGACAAGGAGAAUGACAAGGAGAAUGACAAGGAGAAUGACAAGGAGAAUGACAAGGAGAAUGACAAGGAGAAUGACAAGGGGAAUGACAGGGAGAACGAUAGUGAGAGUGAAGCAAAAGAGGACACUGAUAAAGAAGGUGACGAGGAUAAAAAGGAGGAUGAAAAAGAUGACGAUUACAAUGAAGAUUUUGAAUCUGAUGAAGAGAAAGAAAGAGACAAAUCAGGUGAUGAAGAUGGUAAGGAAAGUGAAAAAGAAGAAGAUCCUGAAGAUGAUAUUCAAGAUGAAACUGAGGACAAAGAAAAGAGUGAGACUGGGGAGGAAGAGCAAGCUGAAGAGGUUGAAGAUGAAACAGACAAGGAAAAGCAGGAUAACGCUGCACGACCAACCAGUGCCACGGACUCGGAAGGAAGGCAAAGCAAGAAUGUGUCGUUUGAUGAGGAUGUAACUGUCAUUGAAGAUGAGCAAGAAGAAGGAGAGAAAGAUGAAGAGGAGAAUCCAGAAGAUGUUCCAGAAGAAGUCGCAGAGCAAAACGACCAAGAAGAUCGAGGAGUAGAUGAAGCUGAACAGGAAUCUGAGGACCUCCUUGAACAGGUUCCCUUGGAGUCCCCAAGACAGGAUGACAGCAGAUAUCCAGAGGAGGAGCACAAGCAGGAUGAUACUCAGGAUGAUACUCAGGAACGGGACGAUACCUUCAGGUCUCCAGAGCUCAGCGACAGCAGCAGUAGCAGCAGUAGCAGCAGCAGCGAAAGCAGCGACAGCGAAGAUGAAAGCAAAACAGGUACAAGAUCAUAUAAUGACAAGGAGAAUGACAAGGAGAAUGACAAGGGGAAUGACAGGGAGAACGAUAGUGAGAGUGAAGCAAAAGAGGACACUGAUAAAGAAGGUGACGAGGAUAAAAAGGAGGAUGAAAAAGAUGACGAUUACAAUGAAGAUUUUGAAUCUGAUGAAGAGAAAGAAAGAGACAAAUCAGGUGAUGAAGAUGGUAAGGAAAGUGAAAAAGAAGAAGAUCCUGAAGAUGAUAUUCAAGAUGAAACUGAGGACAAAGAAAAGAGUGAGACUGGGGAGGAAGAGCAAGCUGAAGAGGUUGAAGAUGAAACAGACAAGGAAAAGCAGGAUAACGCUGCACGACCAACCAGUGCCACGGACUCGGAAGGAAGGCAAAGCAAGAAUGUGUCGUUUGAUGAGGAUGUAACUGUCAUUGAAGAUGAGCAAGAAGAAGGAGAGAAAGAUGAAGAGGAGAAUCCAGAAGAUGUUCCAGAAGAAGUCGCAGAGCAAAACGACCAAGAAGAUCGAGGAGUAGAUGAAGCUGAACAGGAAUCUGAGGACCUCCUUGAACAGGUUCCCUUGGAGUCCCCAAGACAGGAUGACAGCAGAUAUCCAGAGGAGGAGCACAAGCAGGAUGAUACUCAGGAUGAUACUCAGGAACGGGACGAUACCUUCAGGUCUCCAGAGCUCAGCGACAGCAGCAGUAGCAGCAGUAGCAGCAGCAGCGAAAGCAGCGACAGCGAAGAUGAAAGCAAAACAGCUCGCAAAUCCAAGAAGAAGAAAAGAGGAGAGGCAAAAUCAAGACCCGGUCAAGACCCUGGAAGUGACCCAGAUCUAGUUUCUUCCGGUCAGUUACCAGAGCAGGCGCUCAAGGCUGUUGGCGUGCAGCCUGGUACCAAGCAUGAUGGCUCGGUCCAGUCUCUACUCGGAGGAAAAGAAGAUGUUGAAUUGGUUGGUGUUUCACUAACCAAGGAACAGUUUGAGGAGGUUGCAAAAAUAAUAGAUUCCAGAGAAGAUCUGGGAACAGUCAUUCUCCGAAAUACCUCAGCAGAUGACAGUGUACUAGCGACGCUGGCACCUUCUUUGAUAAACGCGCCCACUUUAAAGAUGCUGAACCUAAGUGUGAAUCGCAUUGGACCGGAAGGUGCUAAACACUUGGCUGACGUUAUCAGGCAAAACAAGUCUCUUCAAAUGCUAUUAUUGCAUGGGAAUCCUUUAACUGAUGAAGGAGUACGAAUAAUCAUUGACGCUAUUGUAGAAACCACAGACACGUCAAUCAUGAACCUGGACUUAGGAGACUGUGGCCUAACUCAAGAUGGCGCCAAACACAUCGCUAAACUGAUUGAGCAUAACAGCACUGUUUCUGUCCUGACGAUCAGCGGUAACACCAUCCAACUCAAGGGUUGGCAGAAUAUAAGCAAGUCCUUGUCAACCAACAGUACUCUUGAAACCUUGUCUCUUGAUUUUAACAAGAUUGGCGAUGAAGAAGCGAUUAGCAUAGCUGAAGGAAUACGUGGAUGUAAAAGCCUUCGUUCUGUUGACUUGGAAGGAAACAAAAUUGGCGAUGAAGGAGGAAGAAAGUUGUUUGAUGCAGUUAAAGCUAACAAGUCAAUUGUCGACCUUACACUCCUACCCAUCAAUCAAAUAUCUAAGGAAAUAGUUGAUGAAGUGAAGGAUUUUCUUAAAGAAAGAGAGAGAGGGAACGAGCCCGAGGAAACUGGCGGAGAUGAAGAACAGCACGAGAAUGACUUCAGCGCGCUCCAGCCACAGCAAGACAGUGGAGAACAAGGUUUAGUUACUGAAGGCGGCAGUACAGAGACUUCUCACGAGGAAACUAUUAGUGAAUACCCUUCAACUCAAGAGAAUAGUGAAGGAAGACAAGAGCAAAAAGAAAACGAGGGAGUAAAGGAAGUCGAGCAGGGCGAGGAGCCGCCGGGUACAGUACAGGAGGAACAAGGUAGAGAAGAAAAAGAUAAGGAAGCAGAUGACAGAGAACAACCAUCGGGUGAUGACCAACAGAGUGAGAAAGAGGAUUCUGCUGCUGAGGAAAAUGCUGCUCCUGCGGAGGGAGCUGGCCAGUUGCCUGAUGCAGAACAUCCCGAACAUCAAGACGUUGCCCCGGCUAAAGACGACCAAGAGGGAAAUGAACCCCAGCAGGACCGCCAGCAUGACCCUCAGCAAGACCUACAGCCGGACCCUCAGCCAAACCCUCAGCAGGACCCUCAGCUGGACCCCCAGCAGGACCCCCAGCAGGAUCCCCGGCAGGACCCCCAGCAGGACCCCCAGCCGGACCCCCAGCCGGACGCCCAGCCGGACCCCCAGCCGGACCCCCAGCCGGACCCCCAGCCGGACCCCCAGCCGGACCCCCAAGAACAACCGCAGAUUUUGGAAGAUCCAGGAGAAAGCACUGGACAAGAAUCACUAGGACAGGAUAAAGAAGGCAAAGCUCCUCAGGAUCCUGUUUCCGUGGACCUGGGUGUUAAUGAUGAUGAAGAGACAUCUAAGAGAACGUCUUCAACAGAAGAGGAGGGUAACGAUAACAAACAAGAAGGCUUGGAUAAUGAGGAUGAACGAGUGGCAGGUGCUUCCUCUCCUGGCGAGGACGCUCAAAAGAAUUCAUCUGAUGCUGUCUCUUAA